AUGUCGGUAGCAGCCUCCCGAGCGAGAAGCCGGAGUCGGGCGCCCAGUAUGCGGGCGCCUCCCCCAGGACCAAUUGUCGUAGAUGGCCCUCCAAGGAGCCCACGGACGCCGAUUGUGAUCGACAUGCCAGUUCGACCAAGAAGUAGAGCGAGAAGUGUUGGCAGAAAUGGGCCGCUCAUGGACACGCCAGGGCUGAGUGGAGGGAGAGGCAUGUUCAAAAGACUGAUCGUCGCUUGCGAUGGGACAUGGCUGAAUUCAGAUGACGGAGAGAAGAAUGGAGAUCUCGCGAUUCCAAGCAACGUCACACGGAUAUCGAGAGCCAUCAAAUCGGUCAGCCAAGACGGUAUCCCUCAAAUCGUAAACUACACAUCUGGCGUAGGGACCGCCGGAGGACCGUUAUACAAGCUGAUCUCAGGCACCACAGGGAAAGGUCUGCCAGACAACGUUCGAGAAGCGUACGCUUUCCUUGCAAACAACUACCACCACGGCGACGAGAUCUUCCUCAUUGGUUUCUCAAGAGGUGCAUUCACCGCACGUAGCAUAGCCGGUCUCAUAGGCGAGGUCGGCUUGCUGACGAAGAAGGGACUCAACGACCUGCCAGAAGUAUACGAAGACGUUCAACAUCGAAGAGAUCCGAACUACGUGCCCAAACACCCGGACAUUCCGUUUCCACGUAAGCCCAGCGCAAGCGACCCCCGGUAUAUGGAAGAGCUGGAACGCCGCGGUUUGACAAGACUCGAUAUUCCUAUCAAAGCGAUCGCCGUCUGGGAUACGGUGGGCAGUCUUGGUAUUCCGCGAAUUGGCCUGCUACAACGUGCGGGUCUACAAGGCAAGCAGUCCCGUGCAACAGCGUUCUAUGAUACGAAACUUAGCAAUUGCAUUGAGAACGCAUUCCAGGCCCUUGCCCUUGAUGAGAAUCGGUCGUCCUUCUCACCAGCCGUGUGGGAGAAGCCUGAGGGCAACAGGACGACGCUGCGGCAAGUGUGGUUUCCAGGUGUGCAUGCAAAUUGUGGCGGUGGGUAUGAUGAUAUGCAACUUUCGAACAUCACAUUAGCAUGGAUGAUGAGCCAGCUAGAGCCGUUCCUCGAAAUGCGGGAUGACUACUUGUUCGAGCAAGAUGCCUUGAAUGAGGGCUACUACGAGGAAGUAGGGCAAGGAAUACGACCAUGGAGUUUCGGCAAGAUCUACAACGAGCUGAAAGGGGUCAUGGCCGCGGGUGGAAGAACAAUCCGCCAACCAGGCCAGUACCACGCCGUAGACCCCUUCACAGGCCGAACAACAGACCGCCCUCUCCGCCAAACAAAUGAAUACAUCCACCCCUCCGUCCGCACACGCUACCGUCUCCAAGGCCCUGGGCAACUCGACCGCGGCGACUACGAAGCGCGCGCCCUAACCGACAGCUACAAGCUCACCAUCGACUACGGGCCCAACAGCCAGCACGCUUCGGACCCAGAAAUCUACUGGCGCAUCAAAUGGCGGGACGCACACGCGGUGAAGAUCUUACCCGAAGCACCGCUCUGGCGGCUGGAGCGAGAGUUGGCCAGAAAAGACCCCGACACAUACGACUACAUCAAGCGCCCUCCCGCGACAAAAACCCGCGACAGCAAGCGCCGCAGCCAGAGACCCAUGAGCGCGGACAUGAGCUCGAGAGCGCCGACGACGCCCGGCGGUGCGAGCGUGGUCAGUAAAAGGAGGAGGGAUACGAUGACGCCGCGCAGCACGUUUCCGCUUGAUGAGAAGGCGGACGCGAGGAGUUCGAGGAGAAAGAGCGUGGUGGAGAGGAAUGGGCGCGCGAGGAGUAGACCCAGGACGAGUGUGUACGAUGGCGGUGAGACGGAGAUUAGGGAGAGUAUGCCGCAUCGGGGGGAGAAGGAUAAGGCGUGGUGGGAGGGGAGGCGGUGA